GAACUACGCUUUAAAUAAUAACCACCGGCGCCGGCGUCUUGUAACCCACUACAGCACCUGCUGUUGUACUACAGACGCAAUCAUAGUAGCUCUGCUCUUUGUUCGUUGCUGCUUUUUUUUUGUUGCUUACUUAACCUACCAUUCAUUCUUCGUUGCCGUCUUUUAACUACGCUGGUCAUUGUUAUUAAACCUCACGUUGAGUCCCACGUACGACUAAACGUACACAUUAUACAUAACGUAUAGGUUAGUUAGUCAUCGUCAAUUUACUUGUGGUAACAUAGCUCUCAUUACCGCGUAUUCAAACGUUAUUACAUGGUCUAUCCAGCCAAGAAGUCCAUCUAAACACCACCACAACAACAAUAACGACAACAGCAACAACCAUGAGCGCUACCGAAAUCACCACAUCCGCGACCGCGGACCUGCCCUCGGGCGAUCCCGUACCAUCCGCCAUCCCGCUUCCCGUCGCGAAGCCCAAGCCCUUCCCAAUUAAAGAAGUCAUCACAGCGGCACCCUCGAACAUCGAUGCUUUUCUGGCCCAUCUCCAGCGGUGCUUGCAGACGCCCUCGGGCAUCGAUACCACGCUGCUGUUCCUAUGCUACUCCUCGCGCUUCGCCGCCUCCAUCCUCGAACACUUGACCCGCCCCGCCAUCCAGCGCAGCGCCCAGCAGCUCCUCGCUCUCGCGGCCAGUCUGCCCCCCUCCGCCACCCUGGUAUUCACCGCCAAAGCGCUGCCGGGGCGCGGGGCUGCCCUCGCUCUGAUCUUCGCUAAGCGGUUGCGCGCUCUUAGCGCCAUGGUGUCCGACGCUCGGACUUUUAUGAGGUUGUGGGGUCUGCUGAAUAUGUACUUCUGGCUCCGCCGCCUCGUGGCUAAGAAGAAGGAAGGCGAGGUGGAGAAGGAGGCUGAGAAAAAGACGGAUAAGCUCGAGACGGCCAUCUCCUGGUUCCAGCUGUCCACCUGCAUCAUCUUCCAGGCCCUCGAGAACGGCGCAUAUCUCUCCUCCAAGGGCGUCCUGGGCUGGGCCCCCGCUACGCAACGCCGUGCUUCGCUCUGGAGCGCGCGGUUCUGGGCCGCGUUCGUGGGCGCCGAGGUCGGGCGUCUGCUAUACGAGAACCGCAAGCGCGGGCAGCGGACUCGCGCCGAGAAGUUCGCCGAUGGGAAGACGGCGUCAGAGGUCCAGGCCGAGGAGACCGAGUGGGCUGCUACCUGGCGCAAGACCCUCCUGCGCAACCUCGCUUGGGCCCCGCUUACACUCCACUGGAGCUCCGAGACGGGGCUUCUGGGUGAGACGGCGGUGGGAGCGCUGGCUUGUGUGCCGGGGGUUAUACAGAUGAGGGAUUUGUGGAGGAGGACUGCCGCUGAGUAGAUGGCCCUCCACCCACGCGAAAAGGAGCUGGUUUAUAUAUAAGGAGGCUCGGGUGGCAGUGUAGGUUAUAUGGGAGGGCGAUAUUGCUAUCGUUAGUUUCUCUUUAUUUCCAUUGCGCGGGGAGACGACUCUAGGGGGUAUGACGGCGAGGACGUUGCGAUGAAAAAAAUAAAGCAAGGGGAAUGAAUGACUUAAGCGUGUAUUGGGAUUUAAUGGGCUUUUCGUCUGCUCUCGAUGUCGAUUGAUCUAUGAAAGAUGUUAUAGCGUGUGUAGGUCCAAAUACAUAUAAUACAAGAAAAUGAAAACUGAAA